AUGUCUGCUGAGCGGAAGUCAAGUGAUGGACCUACAGAUUCCAUGGAGGGCUUUUUGCCAGAACAGCGGACAAUGGAAAGUGACCAAGAAGACACUGCAGUAGAGAGUGCAAAGCCAGCCGAAACUCUUCUUGCAACCGCAAGAAGCACAUCAAAGAAAUCGACAAGAACACCCGUAACGGUUGGAGCUGAUAUAAUGGAUCUGGUUCAACGUUAUGAGGAACAGCCAACAAUGUCGGUUACGGUGCUGCGAAGGAAAAAGAAGCCUUCACAGGAGAAACGCAGGAUAAGAGGACGCAAGCCUACACCACCGCCGGCUUCACCUAAGGAAACAAUGAAAGUGACGGCAAGGACUGCAGUGGGGCCAGCAAGAAAGGAAGAAGCAGUGGACAUGCACACUGCUGAGGGGCUACAGCGAAAGCGGAGACGUGUCAAGUCAAAGGAACUUCAUGAAAUGGUAACACAACGAGAAGGGAAGGCAUUAGAGGAAGUAGAGUUUGCUGCAGAUGAUAAAUUUUUGGAUGAUGAAGACUUACAAACAGCUUUGCCAACAUCCAAGACUUUGGAAAGGCUGAAACGGAUAGAAAUGAAGUUAAUAAGAUCAAGACCAAAAGUCGCCAAUACAUCGCGGACUCGGACAUUAGUUGAUAUCCUCAGUAUCAUGUGCCUCAUACCAGUGAUGAACGACUACUGGAUAGUGCCAGUACAAGCAAUCCAAUACGGUGGAUUAGCAUACAUGUUGUUAUAUGCAACUAUAUUGGUGCUUCUGGUGCAACCCGUACUUAGCAUGGUCUUAUUUGCUUCGCAAUAUGCUCAAGUAGGGAUUGUCAACAUUUUUAAACUGUACGGUCCAAUACCUGAAGGACUUGGCUAUGGAUAUGCUUUCCUGAUCUUUGUGAUGCAGCUAAAAAUAAUUCAACAAGGAUCGAUUCUUAUCAAGCAUCUUCGAUUUACAUACUUGGACAACUUAUCGAUAGGCACUUGCAACGAAUACUUUGUUGGAAACGGGUCAAAAUGCUCUUCCAUUUUCAUGGAUGCUCAGUGCGUAGCGCUGAACCGGACACACAAGUAUUAUGCACAGGGCUAUUGCUGGAAUGUUCAGCCCCUUGCCGAUUCAGAGACGUCUUCGAUCAAUUUAAACUUUAGCUUCCUCUUGCAACCGGAAAGUGGAACUGGAUUC